AUGCAGGAAGUUAUUUUAGAUAAUUAUUUUAAAGGCUUGGAACCAAUACUAGGUCUUUAUGAUCGAUGGCAUAAACUACAUUCCUCUAGAUUUGGAAUAUCUGAUAAACAGUCAAUUUAUCUUGCUCAAAUGUGUGCACAGCUUGUUGAUUCUACUAAACAGGGACUUACCAUCAAACCAAGUGUUCGACAUAAUGAUAAUGAGUUAUUUGGAAAACUUCCUGUUCCUUAUUGGAUGGACAAAGAUCGUCUUAAAAUGAAACCAGACAGUGGAGAUAAUUUCGGAGUUACGAACAUAAUGGAUUUACUUUGCAUUACAAUAGAGAAAGAGACAAACGAAGUAAAUAGCAAAGAAUUUUCGGUAGCAAAGAUGUCACAAGAUUUGGUUGAUACUCAUAUUAAUGAAUUUUGGACAAAUGAAUUCAUUAGGGCUCAACACAUGAAAGAAGGGUCAGCAUAUAAGGAGGACUUAAAUCUUAUUGCCAACUCUAUGUCGGAAUUAGUACAACUAUAUAAUAAAAAAUGUGCUAAUAUUUACCAAGAUAAUCAGGAUAGAAAAGAAAUUGAAUUAUCGUCUUCAAAAUCAGUUUUGACGACAAAUUCCUCUAGAUUAAAUGACGAGUUUAAAGGUGUGGAUUAUGAAUUUCUAAACAAGUUUCUAAAUAGUCCACCAAUUGAAAACUAUAAAAGUAGCAUUUUUAAAUUUUUGAAAGAUAGAACGUCAACAACUUUUGAAAACAGUCUAGACCCACUCGCCAUGUUUGAAUUACAACUGAAAGCUGCUUCUCUCUAUCUAUCUUCUGUUGAAAAGAAGCUUGAUGGACAAGUUUGCUGGGUUAUUGCAUUUCGUACUCUAUGCAAUAUAAAAUCGCAAAUGGUAGAUGGUGACCAAUCCCUUGUUAUCGGUGGGCCAAGGGCAAUAAUUGACGAAGUUUGGCAAUCAUUGAGGAUAGAUAAAAAAUGGUUGAAAAGAAAAAAAAUGUAA